AUGUCACGCUUUCAACCUUAUCUGAGUGAGAGUCAAGAGAAAGAUCUAUUUGAAAUAGCUCAGGCCAUAUGCGCCCCAGGUAAAGGAAUUCUUGCGGCUGAUGAAAGCACUGCCACUUGCGGUAAAAGAUUCCAGACCAUUGGCGUUGAGAACACUGCAGAAAAUCGUCGAUUGUACCGACAAUUGCUUUUCAGUGCUGACCGUUCACUUGCUCAAAAUAUCUCAGGUGUGAUUUUGUUUGAAGAAACACUUUAUCAAAAAUCUGAUGACGGAAAGACACUUCCAACCCUACUUACCGAACGCGGCAUUAUACCAGGGAUAAAGGUGGAUAAGGGUGUUGUCCCACUUGGAGGAACAGAUAAUGAGACCACUACACAAGGACUCGAUGAUCUUGCUUCACGUUGUGCUGAAUACAGAAAGUUGGGCUGUCGGUUCGCUAAGUGGCGCUGUGUACUGAAGAUCACUGCACAUACACCUUCUUAUCUAGCUAUGUUAGAAAAUGCCAAUGUACUUGCACGCUACGCUUCAAUUUGCCAACAGAAUGGCUUGGUCCCCAUUGUUGAACCUGAAGUGCUUCCAGACGGUGAUCAUGACUUAGAAACUGCUCAAAGAGUCACAGAAGAAGUAUUAUCAUUUGUGUACAAAGCUCUAGCUGACCAUCACGUUUACUUGGAAGGCACACUUUUGAAACCCAAUAUGGUUACUGCUGGACAAGCUUGCAAAAAGGCUUACACACCCCAGCAGAAUGCUUUGGCUACUGUACGUGCAUUACAGCGCACAGUACCACCAGCUGUUGCAGGUGUUACAUUCUUGUCUGGAGGUCAAUCAGAAUUGGAUGCUACCAAGAAUUUGAAUGAAAUAAAUAAGGUUCCAGGUCGUAAACCAUGGGCGCUUACCUUCAGUUUUGGUCGAGCUUUACAAGCAUCUGUUCUUGCAGCUUGGAAAGGAAAACCUGAGAAUGUAGCUGCUGCUCAACAAGAACUACUGAAAUUGGCUAAGGCCAAUGGUGCUGCCGCACUGGGUAAAUUUGAAGGAAGCUUGGCAACUGCUUUGGGAGAUCAAUCACUUUUUGUCGCUAAUCAUGCCUAUUAGAACAGAAUAUUAUAACAACAACAACAACAACAACAACAACAACAACAACAACAACAACGUGUCAUUCAUGUGAUUACAACAUACCCCCCCACCCACAACCACAACCACUACCACGACGACUACGAUCACCCAUCUCCCACAUUUUAGCAUAUCUAGUCUAUGUCAUAAAUUAUAUUUAUAAUUAUCUUUAAGAAAGAAUGACAUAAAACUUUUUCAGAUGCUUUCUCUUUUAAUUAUUAAUAAUAUUAUUUUUUUUUGUUUUGUUUCUUGAAUUGCUUCACUACUUUAAUUUUACUUAAUUUAACUUAACUUUGAUUUCACAGAGAUGCUU